AUGAUUCCAUUAGUAUUAUUAGAUGAUGCCCGUCAAUGGUAUGUUAAUAAUUUGGAUGCAGUAAAAGAUUGGACAACGUUUACAAGAGAAAUACAAAACGCAUUUUCAUCACCAGUUCAUCGAAGUUUAGCUAUUAAGCAAAUUGGUAAUCGUGUUCAAGGACUGGAAGAAACAGUUUUGCAUUAUUAUCAUGAAAUGAUGGAAUUAUGUGAUAUGAUUGAUCACGAAAUGAAAGAUGAACUCAAAGUUGGUUAUUUAUUAGCUGGUAUCAAAUUGUCAUUACAAAAAGAAGUUAUGAGAAGAAAUCCAAGAAAUCCAAAUGAAUUUUUAAAUGUCGCGCAAGCUGAAGAAAAAUUAGACUUAUCGAUUAAUGUUCAAACAAGUUAUGAUUCAACACUUAUAACGGAUUCAUUAUCAGCGUUUAAACCACAAAUUAAAUCGUCAUUACCAUACAAAUCAACAAAUACACAAAAAUCGAUACGAUGCUUUAAUUGUCAGAAAAUUGGUCAUAUUGCAAGAAAUUGUUUUUUGAAAAAACUACUAGCGGGAGCGAAUGAUGGUACCGCUCUCGUUAAUGUACAUCAUCCAUCCUUAAUAAUCAUACCAACAUGGAUCAAUAAUAUGAAAAUAAAUGGAAUGGUAGAUACGGGAGCAACAUCUUCAUUAAUAACAACGUCGACAGUUAACAAACUCAAAUUACAACAGGAAAUUGUUUUACAAUCAGGUGAAGUUAUAUUAGGAGAUUCAAGAACAAAAAUAAUGCAAUAUGGUCGGAUUUAUUUAAGAUUAAAAAUUGAUGAAGUAGAAUUUGGAAUUGAAGCAAUUGUCGUUGAUCAAUUAACAAACGAAUUGAUAUUGGGAGUAGAUUUUUUAAGAAAAUUUCAAGUGGAAAUAAAAGUGGCACAACAAUAUCUUGUACUUCAGAAUCAACAACAACGAAUUUAUACAAAAUUUGGUGGUUUAAAUAAUGUUCGAUUAACUCAGCAAUAUACAAUAUUUCCAAGAUGUAAACGGGUGGUGGAGGCUGUGGUAGAUGGGAUAAUAGAUAACAAGGAAAUGUAUUUGAAAGUAAUGGCAUUGAAACAACAACAAGCAGCACGUAUUCGUCUUUGUGAUGGUCUGGUGGAUAUAAAUAAUGGUUAUGUACAAGUUACUAUAUAUAAUCCAACUAGUCAAAGUGUUAUUCUUCAGAAGGCUAUGGUUAUUGGUGAAGUUGAUGUCUUGAAGACUGGUGAAUGCUGUUCAGUAUUGGAGUCAACAAAUACAAUGGAAGAUUUUAAUGUUGAUCAAAACCCAAAGGAUAAUCCAAUACCAAUCAAUCAAAUUGUUGAUUCCUUGACUCAUCACUUAUUGGAUAAUAAUGAAUAUUAUCAACAAAUAUAUCAGUUGGUGGAACAAAACAAAGUUUUAUUUGAUAUUAGUCAACAUCGUACAAUUAAAGCAACAAUUCAUCACGUCAUAAAUACAGGUGAUCAUGCUCCUAUCUCAGCAAAACCGUAUUUUAAAACCAUCGAACAAAGAAAAAAUAUUCAACAUGAAGUUGAUAAAAUGUUACGUGCUGGUAUAGCGAUACCCUCAACAUCUGAAUGGUCUUCGCCGGUGGUGUUGUUAACAAAACCGGACGGAACUUUUAGAUUUAUAAUUGAUUAUAGGAAAUUAAAUGUUAUAACAAAGAAAGAUGUUUUUCCGCAGCCAUCGAUCGAAGAACUUGUUCAACGUUUGGGCGGCCAUUCUUGGUUUACCAAAAUCGAUAUGAAAGCCGGAUACCAUCAGAUCCCGAUUCAACAUAAAGACAAGGAAAAAACCGCCUUCGUGACUCAGGACGGUCUGUAUCAAUUCGAAGUUUUACCCAUGGGGUUAACCAACGCCCCAGCUUCUUUUCAGAGGUUGAUGCACAAUAUAAUUGGUUACAAUAGAUGGGAUUACACAUGCGUAUAUCUUGACGAUGUAAUAAUUUUCUCAAAUUCGUUUGAACAACACAUGAAUCAUCUACAGGAAAUCUUUCAAAUACUUAAAGAUCAUAACUUUACAUUGAAUCCAAACAAAUGUUCAAUUGCUCAACAAUCUAUUGAAUUUUUAAGUCACACAAUUACUCAAGAUUCUAUUGUACCAUUAAAAGAAAGGAUUCAAGCGAUUUUGAAUAUUCCACAACCAACGACAUUAGCACAAGCUAACAAAUUCAUUGGCAAAAUUGGGUGGUAUAGGAAAUUCAUUCCUAAAUUUUCGUCGAUAGCUGCUCCAAUUCAUAGAGUAACGAAUAAAAUUAAAAGUAAACGAAAAGAUUUUUUUUGGGGAACCGAACAAAUUGAAGCUGCUGAUAAACUUAAAGAAAUUUUAACAACUCAACCAUUGGUUUUAAAGUAUCCACAUCCAACAGCACAAUUCAUAUUGUCAACAGAUGCAUCUGAUUACGCUAUUGGAGGAACAUUGAAACAAAUAAUAAAUGGACAAACACAUUAUAAUUAUUUUUUAUCACGAUUGUUAUCGGAUACUGAAAAAAGAUAUUCCACUAUUGAACGUGAAGCAUUAGCUAUAUUUUGGUGUCUAAAUAAACUACAACAAUAUUUAGGAGGUAGAGAUGUAUUGAUUAUAACUGAUCAUAAACCAUUACAACAAUUUCAUAUUAAAAUGAAAAUCAAUAGCAAGAGAAUAAAUGACUGGCUUAUUAAAAAUCAAGAAAUUUUAUCACAAAUUAUUGAAGUACAAUAUCGAAAAGGAAGUCAGCAUGGAGAUGCAGAUGGAAUGUCACGACCUGAUCUUCAAGAUUCGAUGGAAACUUUGAAUGCUAUUACUCGUUCAAAGACAAAAAUUAAUGAUCAAUCAUUAUUAUCAAGUAAUAAAGAUAUAUUAGAUCCACCACAUAAUAAUAGUAGAUCGAUAACAACAUCACCGACAUUUGAUUUCAGUUUAGCAAGAAUUAGUGCUGAACAACAAACCGAUCCAUAUCUAAGCAAUAUAUGGAAACAAAGUCUUGAGAAUAAAUGGGAUGAUAAUCGAUAUAUGGUAGAGAAUAAAGUUUUGUACAAAGUAGUACAACCAACAUCAAUGAAAACACAGUUAAAAUUAAUUUGCAUUCCAAAAUCCAUGCAACUAGAAGUAAUUCAAUGUUAUCAUGAUCAUCCAACUGGCGCUCACUUUGGUAUAAAUAGAACAUGGUUUAAAGUUCGUCAAGUUUGUUAUUGGCCUAGGAUGAAGGAAAUUAUAAAUGAUUAUAUAAGAUCUUGUGAAAAAUGUGCUAAGUAUAAUGUUCGUCGAAGUAAACCACCUGGACAUUUAAAUCCAAUAGAAUAUCCACAAGGACCAUUGGAAUUAGUAUCAAUGGACUUUUGGGGUCCAACACCUCAAUAUUCAACAAAUGGUAAUAAAUAUGUAUUAGUAAUAACGGAUUAUUAUACAAAAUAUGUAGUUGCAACACCACUUCCAAAUAAUACUGCAAUAACAACAGCAAAAUGUUUCGUGGAACAUUUUAUUUUUAAAUUUGGUACUCCACGACGAUUGAUCACAGAUCAAGGAGUGCAUUUUAAUAAUGAAUUAAUGAAGAAUGUAACUGAACUACUUGGCACAAAUCAUAUUCAAGCAACUGCAUAUCAUCCUCAAUCAAAUGGGUUAACGGAAAGGUUUAAUAGUACGUUUCAUACACAAUUAGCAAAAUUUCAAAAUGAUGACCUAAGUGAUUGGGAUGAAUUUCUGGGAGCCGUGACAUAUGCAUAUAAUACUGGUAUACAAAGUACUACGAAGUAUAGUCCUUUUCAAUUAAUGUUUGGUAGACGUCCAGUUCUACCGCUUGAUCAUACUUCUGCAGUAACACAUUUUGAUCGACCGAAUGAUUAUUGGCGUAAGUUGAUGAAAUGGAUGAAUAUUUACAAAAAAACUGCACAACAACAAAUUCAACUUCAACAACAACGAACAAAACAACGUUUUGAUGCACAUCGUACUGAUCAGCAGUUUCAAAUUAAUGAUUUAGUUUGGUGGAAAAUUCCUGGUAUCAGAGGUAAAUUUCAACAGCGUUUUUCUGGUCCAUUUAUAAUUAUUAAAUCACAACAUCCAUCAUAUACUAUUCAAGAUUCGGAAACAACAGCUAUUAAACAUGUUCACGUUAGUGAUCUCAAUGGUGAUACAUUUCGAGCUUUUUCUGAUUAUAUAUAUGAUGAAACAAGAAAAGAUAAUUUAAGAUCAGUAAAAUAUGGUGAAAUUAUUUUUGUGAAAACCGAUAUGCUUCGAAGAUUUUUUACUUCACGAUUUAUAUCUAUACGAGAACCAUUUGUACUUAUUACACAUAAUAGUGAUGAUUCUGCACCAGGAAGAUAUAUCAGAUAUUUAAGAAAUCCCAAAGUACUUCAUUGGUAUGCUUCCAAUCUUAAUCAAAAAAAUCUUCAAAAAAUAUCUCCUAUUCCAAUUGGAUUAGCUAAUAUACGAUGGGUGCAUGGUACUUUAGAUAAAAUAGCAUUUGCUCUUAAAAACCAUCGAAAACCUUGGUCUCAACGAACAACUUUUCUUUAUGUUAAUUUUGCCGUUGAUACAAACAUCGAUCAACGAACAAAAGCUCUGUCACAAGCAUCCACAAUACAAAAUGUGCAAAUAAUGAAAGAAAGAAUUAAAUUAGAAUCUUAUUUAGAGCAGAUAGGUAAUUCCAAAUUUGUUUUAUCUCCACCUGGCGGUGGAAUAGAUUGUCAUCGAACAUGGGAAGCUUUAUUAAUGGGUGCAGUACCUAUUGUUCUGACAUCUGGACUUGAUCCUUUAUUUACGAAAUCAAGAUCUAUUAUUAUUGAUGAUUGGUCAAAACUGUCGUACAAUUUUUUAUCAUCAUUCAAUUCUUCGUUAGAUGAUGACUAUGUACCUGAUGUUUUAUAUGCUGAUUAUUGGCGUCAAACACUUUUUAAACAUCGAAAGAAAGUUAAUUAA